AUGAGGCCGGCCCCCGGCACUGUGGUGGUGGUGCUGGCCGCCCCAGGAAAACCUCCUGCGGCCCCUCCCGGAGGGCCACCCAGGCCAGAACCGGAGGACCGAGAGGCAGAGGCACUACCGGUCCCCCUGCCCAAUGAAAAUAAUUCCCAGGGGCCGGCUGGGCGUACUCGCGGACGCACUCAGCGCGACCCAGGGUUCCGCCAUCCUGAUUCCACCAUAGCCCUACCCCUGCGAGAAAUAGGCCCUCCCGAUGAGACAGGGAACCCCCGACUCCAGUAUUGGCCAUUCUCUACCAGUGACCUAUAUAAUUGGAAAACCCAGAAUGCCCGUUUUUCUGAUAAUCCUAAAGACUUGAUAGCUCUUCUAGAUAGCGUUAUGUUCACUCAUCAGCCCACCUGGGAUGACUGCCAACAGCUCCUCCGGAUCCUAUUCACUACCGAAGAACGGGAGCGAAUCCAGCUGGAGGCGAGAAAACUGGUUCCUGGAGAUGAUGGUCAACCCACCGCUAACCCUGACCUCAUCAAUGCAGCUUUUCCCUUAACUCGCCCCCCGCAGGAUGAAUGGGACUAUAACACCGGAGAAGGUAGGGGACGACUGCUCAUUUAUCGCCAGACUCUAAUGGCGGGUCUCCGGGCUGCCGCGCGCAAGCCCACUAAUUUGGCCAAGGUAUAUUCAAUCGUACAAGGUAAAACAGAAAGUCCCUCCUCUUAUUUAGAAAGAUUAAUGGAAGCCUUUAGGCAGUAUACCCCUAUGGAUCCAGAGGCCCCCGAAAAUCAGGCCGCCAUUGUAAUGUCCUUCGUUAACCAGGCAGCCCCUGAUAUUAAAAAGAAACUCCAGAAGUUAGAAGAUCUGGAGGGCAAACAGAUACAGGACUUACUCCGUAUCGCCCAGCGCGUCUUUAAUAACCGGGACGCCCCAGAGGAUAAACAACUUAAAGCCACUGAGAAAAUGACUAAAGUCUUGGCGGCCAUUGUUCAGAAAGAUCAAGAGGGCCCCCCAGCCACUCGACCUCCCAGGCGACCAUUGGACAGAGAUCAAUGUGCCUAUUGCAAGGAAAAGGGCCACUGGGCUCGGGAAUGCCCCAAGAAAAGGCAGCCGCGCCCCAACCAGGGGCAAUGGCAACCGAACGCCACCCCAGUCCUGUUUACGCAUGAUACAAAGUAGGGGGGACGGGGUUCGGAGCCCCUCCCCGAACCCAGGGUAACCCUACGAGUGGAGGGGAAACCAGUCCAAUUCCUGGUGGAUACAGGGGCACAGCAUUCGGUCUUGGUUAAGCCCCACGGGAAAAUUUCUAACAAAUCCUCCUGGGUCCAGGGAGCUACGGGAGUCAAACGUUACCUAUGGACCACUCAGAGAACUGUGGACUUGGGCACGGGAAGGGUAACCCAUACCUUUCUGGUCAUUCCCGAUAGCCCUUGCCCCUUACUGGGGAGGGACUUACUCACUAAAAUGGGAGCACAAAUUCAUUUUCGGCCAGAGGGGCCAAUCGUAACAGACCCUCACGACCAACCCAUAUCUGUGCUCACCCUGAACUUGGAAGAUGAGUACCGACUUCACCAGGAACCACCCUCCCAAAAUCAAGAUAUAGAGUCAUGGCUUCAGCAGUUCCCCGAAGCAUGGGCAGAAACAGGGGGGGUGGGACUAGCCAAACACCGCCCAGCCCUAUUCAUAGAGAUCAAACCGGGGGCAGAUCCUGCACGUGUCCGACAGUAUCCCAUGCCCCUAGAGGCCAAGACUGGUAUCACUCCUCAUAUUCGCCGGCUUCUUGAUCUGGGGAUACUGCGUCCCUGCCAGUCGGCCUGGAAUACACCCCUGCUGCCAGUCCGCAAACCUAACAGUAAAGACUACCGCCCAGUGCAGGACCUGAGGGAAGUCAACAGACGGGUCAUAGACAUCCAUCCUACUGUGCCCAAUCCAUAUACUCUUUUGAGCGCCCUUAGUCCAGAAAAACAAUGGUAUACUGUGCUGGACCUCAAAGAUGCCUUUUUUAGUUUACCCUUGGCGCCCAAAAGUCAAGAACUCUUUGCCUUCGAAUGGUCAGAUCCCGAGAGAGGUAUAAACGGACAACUCACCUGGACCAGACUUCCCCAAGGAUUCAAAAACUCGCCUACCUUGUUUGAUGAGGCCCUACACGAGGAUCUCAGUGAGUACCGGAGACAAAACCCCAAUAUAACCCUCCUGCAGUAUGUUGAUGAUCUCUUAAUAGCUGCUGAGACCGCUGAAGCCUGCCUGCAGGGAACCAGAAACCUCCUACGGACUCUCGGCACCCUGGGAUACCGAGCCUCUGCCAAGAAAGCACAGAUCUGCAGGCCUGAGGUAACUUACCUGGGAUACCUAUUGAAAGGGGGGCAACGAUGGCUCACAGAUGCACGGAAGGAAACCGUCCUCCGCAUCCCCAGACCCACCACGCCUCGACAGGUGAGGGAAUUUUUGGGGUCGGCUGGGUUCUGCCGUUUAUGGAUACCCAAAUUUGCUGAAAUGGCCAAACCGCUAUACCUAGCCACCAAAGAGCAGACGCCCUUUGAAUGGACAGAAGAGGCUGAGCAGUCAUUUCAGCAGAUUAAAACUGCCUUGCUAUCCGCACCCGCCCUGGGUCUCCCUGAUGUCUCCAAGCCCUUCCACCUCUUUGUAGAUGAAAGCAAAGGCAUAGCUAAGGCCGUGUUGACCCAGCCCCUCGGUCCUUGGCCCAGACCUAUUGCUUACCUAUCAAAAAAAUUGGACCCAGUGGCUGCCGGCUGGCCUCCUUGCCUCCGGAUGAUCGCCGCCACGGCCCUAAUGGUAAAGGAUGCUGACAAACUAACUAUGGGGCAGGAGUUACAUGUCACCACCCCCCACGCCAUCGACGGGGUUCUCAAACAGCCUCCCGACCGAUGGAUGAGCAAUGCUCGAUUAGUCCACUACCAGGGUCUACUGUUAAAUCCCCUCAGAAUCAGCUACACUCCGCCGCGGGCAUUAAACCCUGCCUCCCUAUUACCUGACCCAGAUUUGGACUCCCCACUCCAUGACUGUGCAGAGGUACUGGCCCAGAUCCAUGGGGUUCGGGAAGACCUACGUGACCAGCCCCUACCGGAUGCACAAGUCACAUGGUUCACUGACGGCAGCAGCUUUGUCCAGCAAGGUCAGAGGUAUGCGGGGGCAGCAGUAACAUCAGAAACUGAGGUGAUAUGGGCAGAGACUCUCCCCCCAGGGACCUCAGCCCAAAAAGCUGAAUUAAUUGCCCUGACCCAAGCUCUCAAGAUGAGCAAAGGCCAAAAAGCUACCAUAUACACAGACAGCCGGUAUGCUUUCGCUACCGCACAUAUACAUGGGGCAAUAUACCGAGAGCGGGGACUACUCACAGCAGAGGGCAAAGACAUCAAGAACAAAGAGGAAAUCCUGGCCUUGCUAGCGGCCAUAUGGGAACCCAAAAAGCUAGCCAUUGUACACUGCCCGGGGCAUCAAAAACCCACGAAUCCAGUCACCCGAGGCAACAAUUUGGCAGACCAGACGGCUCGAAAGGCGGCACACACUCCAAUACCAUUACUUCCCCUGCAACUGCCGGAUCCAGGCCCCCGGGAACUACCGCCCCAACCCGACUACUCGGAGGAUGACAUCAGAUGGAUGAGCAAGCUUCCUCUAACCCAGGUUAGAGACGGAUGGUGGCGGGACGCUAAGAACAAUAUCCUCCUUCCUGAGAGACUAGGAACCCUGGUCCUUGAACGGAUCCACCGUAGCACCCACUUGGGCGCCCGACGGCUACAGGAUCUCAUCAGGCAGACUGGACUUAAAAUUAAAAAUGUCUCCGAGAAGACUGAACGACUGGUUGCUGACUGUGCAGUCUGCCAACUCCAUAAUGCCAGCACCCACCCGCCAACCACUGGCAUCCGGGAGAGAGGAAACCAGCCUGGAGCCUACUGGGAAGUGGACUUCACGGAGGUAAAGCCUGGCAAAUAUGGGUAUAAAUAUUUACUGGUGUUUAUAGAUACCUUUUCAGGUUGGACUGAGGCAUUCCCAACCAAGAAUGAGACUGCACGAAUAGUAGCUAAGAAGCUACUAGAAGAGAUCCUGCCCAGGUAUGGCUUUCCAGUUAUGAUAGGGUCCGACAACGGGCCAGCCUUCGUUUCUAAGGUAAGUCAGGAUCUGGCUUCCAUACUUGGGGCUAAUUGGAAAUUACAUUGUGCAUACCGCCCCCAGAGUUCAGGACAGGUAGAAAGGAUGAAUAGAACUCUAAAAGAGACCUUGACUAAAUUGACCAUGGAGACUGGCGCUAACUGGGUAGUCCUACUCCCCUACGCUCUGUUUAGGGUGCGAAAUUCCCCCUAUAAGCUAGGAUUUACUCCCUACGAAAUAAUGCAUGGUAGGCCUCCUCCUAUCAUCCCUAACCUAAAGACUAACCUUAUCCAAUUGGACCCAGAAAAUAAUCUCCUGUCUUCCCUCCAAGCCUUACAGCGGAUACACGAGACAAUCUGGCCCAAACUAAAAGAGCUAUAUGCAACAGGACCCCCACCUACUCCACACCAGCUCCGGCCAGGUGACUGGGUCCUUGUCAAACGCCAUCGACAAGAGACCCUAGAACCCAGGUGGAAAGGACCUUACCAGAUCAUCCUGACAACGCCGACAGCCAUCAAGGUGGACAGCAUAGCUGCCUGGAUCCAUCACACACACGUCAAGCCGGUGGACCCAUUUUCUGACCUCAUCAAGUCCACUAAAGCUGACGUCACCUGGACUGUUGACCGGAGUAAGAACAAUCCCCUCAAACUGACUUUGCGCCGUACCCUCCCCCAUGAUGACCAAGGUACUGUUGAUAGCCCUAAUGAUAGUCCUAACCCUCAACCCUCGGGCCACGAGGGGAGGAUUCGGCCCUCCCCCCAAUAAGAAUACUUUAAUACAACUACUAUAUGGUGCACCAUGCGAGUGCAGGGGAGGUACUAUGGAGACUCCUGUUGUUCCCCGAGGGUAUACUCAUAUGCAGGACUGCGGGGGCAUAACUGCGUAUCUUGUUCAGGAAUAUAGGGUUACCGGGGCCUCUCAAAACUGGCAAUGCUACCAUAAGCCUAAGCCACUCCCCCCUCGAGCUACUUGCCCCUGUUCUACCUUCCAGGAAUCGAUGCAUAGCAUGUGCUAUUCCUCUUACCAGCAAUGUAUAGGGGCCAAUAACAAGACUUAUUUCACAGCCAUACUACAGAAUAAUAAAAGCCCCACCAUUAGUGAUGAUAAUAAAUACCUUCAGGCUGGAUGCACUGGCACCCCCGGGACCCCGGUAUGCUGGAAUACCAGGGCCCCCACACAUAUGUCAGACGGUGGGGGGCCCCAGGACGCAGUGCGCCAGAUAGAAACCCGAAGACAAAUAGAAGAGGCCUAUCGGCAUCUGUACCCACAGCUCAGCUACCACCCCCUAAUUCUCCCUAAGGUCGAUCCCUCUGAAUUGGACUCCCAGACCAUGUCCAUACUAGAAGCUACUUUUGCGCUUUUGAAUACCACCAACCCCAACUUAGCACAGGAUUGCUGGCUCUGCCUUCCUCAAGGACCGCCCCGCCCUAUAGCCAUCCCCACCUUCGCCAAUUUAAAUAUCAGCGAACGAUGUAACCCUACUUCACUCCCCGAGCCAUUCCCCAUACAAUUUUCAAAAUUUUCAACCACCUUUAAUACCUCAUGCUUUGUCAAGAACGAUUCCCUCUCUAACGCCAGUAUUGACUUGGGAAUCCUUUCAUCCACUGGAUGUAGUCAAUAUAUCCCCGUGAACUCCUCCCUCUGUAGUCCUAAUACCACUGUCUUUGUCUGUGGAAGUAACCUAGCAUACACCUAUUUACCCCCGAAUUGGACAGGGGUCUGCACCCUGGCCACCCUUCUCCCCAAUGUAGACCUGAUCUCGGGAGACACCCCAUUGCCCAUUCCCAGCUUUGACCUCUGGGCAGGGAGAACCAAACGAGCCAUUACAGUCCUACCCCUCCUGGUAGGAUUAGGAAUUACAGGAGCUGUGGCCACAGGGAGUACGGGUCUUGGGGUCUCCCUUCACUCCUAUAGUCAGCUGUCUAGGCAAUUAAUAGAAGAUGUAGAAACUCUCUCUGGGACCAUUCAGGACUUACAGGACCAAUUAGAUUCGCUGGCCGAGGUGGUCCUACAGAAUAGGAGGGGCUUAGACUUGCUGACAGCUGAACAGGGUGGGAUAUGCCUCGCCCUAAAAGAAAAAUGUUGUUUCUAUGCAAAUAAAUCAGGCAUUGUAAGAAACAAGAUCCACCAGCUCCAGGAAGACCUAGCUCGCCGCCGGCAAGAAUUAGCGGAUAAUCCCCUUUGGUCAGGAUUUCAUGGGAUGCUCCCCUUCCUCCUCCCCAUCCUGGGCCCUCUACUAUGCCUCCUUCUCCUCCUCACUAUAGGUCCCUGUAUACUCAGUAAAGUCAUGAAUUUUGUUCGCGAAAGAAUAAAUACAGUCCAGCUAAUGAUAUUAAGAACACAAUAUCAGCCCUGCGAGGCCUCAGAAAUUGAAGAAACGGAGCCUUGAGGACCCAAGAUUGGCUCCUCUGGUUCAUGAGAAAGGGGGGAAUGAGGGGGCUAUGUUCUAGUUUGGUGAGAAUAGGACUGAGUUGACGCCCUGCAUUCAAUUUGUGCUUUUCCUGGAAUUUCUUUUCUGUUCUUUCCGGAGGGGAAGGGCCGAAAAAGGACCAUUCCAGGGCGCGGCGCUGGGCUUGCCACAUUUGGGAGCGCCGCCUGAAGUUGGGCGCACAGCCUCCCGACGCCCUGCCGUUGGGCUGGUGGAGGCCGCAGCACUGCUAGGGUUGUAUCAGUCCUCCUGUUUGCACUAUUUCUUUUUGCGAC